CUCCAAGACAACAAAAAAAGUCAAGGAGGAUAGAAGAAAGGAAACACUCUUAAUGUCUCACGGCUAGAAUCCUAAGUCGCUUUUCUAUUUUCAUCUCUCUCUUUUAAUUUGUCGCCAUGCCACAGCCGCCACCGCCGCUCGCAUCGCCGCUUUGGCGCUCCCUGCGCGCGUACCAAAUCUUCGGUGCCAACACUGAGGUGGGGAAGACGGUCUUCUCAACGCUGCUCUGCAAGGCUGCAGCCGCGAGGACGACAGGUCGCGGCGUAGCGUUUUUGAAGCCUGUCUCGACGGGGCCAGAUAGCGAGGCUGAUGAUCGUCAUAUCUCGAAGUUCGCCCCAGAUGUCUCCAACAAGACUCUUUUUCAGUAUAAAAUCCCCGUUAGCCCCCACAUUGCUGCCAAGCUCUCCAAUACCACAAUCCCUUCCAAUGAAACCCUCCUCUUCCAAUGCCGAGACUACGCAGCUCAAUGCGCAAACAUAGGCCGGAAAUGGCUCUUUGUUGAAACUGCCGGAGGUGUUCACUCACCUGGUCCCUCGGGGACAACUCAGGCGGACAUGUAUGCGCCUCUUCGUUUACCUGUUGUUCUUGUCGGUGAUUCCCGACUGGGAGGUAUAUCUCAGACAAUAUCAGCCUUUGAGUCACUUCGUAUGCGGGGUUAUGAUGUUGAGUCAGUGGUACUAUUCAAGGAGGACAAGUAUCAGAAUUUUGAGUAUCUUUCAGAGUAUUUUGCAGAGCAUCACGAUGUGCCCGUCGCUGGGGUAAUCGAGCCGCCUGAAAGGAAAUCAAGUCUCGAAGAGGAUGUCCGAGCAAUGGCUCGUUACUAUGAAGAGCAAUCCCAGGAUAAAAACACAGGCGACGUCAUCUCACAUCUCGAUAAACGUCAUGAGCAACGUAUCGAAUCGCUGGGUUCCAUGGCUACUCAGGCUCUCGAGAAGAUUUGGUAUCCCUUCACUCAGCACAGUCUACUUACUCCCAAGGACAUCAACGUCAUCGACUCAGCCCACGGCGACUACUUCCAGACUCUCGCUCCCUCUUCAUCUUCGUCGACUUCACAAAACGACAGCCUACUCCGCGCCUCAUUCGAUGGCUCAGCAUCAUGGUGGACUCAAGGCCUUGGCCAUGCCAACCCCAAGCUCACUCUCGCAGCGGCCUACGCUGCCGGCCGUUACGGCCACGUCAUGUUCGCCAGCGGCAUUCAUCGUCCUGCUCUGGAGCUCUCUUCAGUGCUUCUCAAGGGGAUGAACAGCCCUCGCCUUGACCGCGUAUUCUUCUCUGACAACGGCAGCACGGGUAUCGAGGUGGCCCUCAAAAUGGGCCUUGGGGCAGCAAAACUCCGAUACGGAUGGGCCAAAGAGGAGAAACUCGGGAUUGUAGGCCUCAAAGGCUCCUAUCACGGUGAUACCAUUGGCGCCAUGGACUGCUCAGAGCCCAGUGGAUAUAAUGAAAAGGUUGAGUGGUACGAUGGAAAGGGUCACUGGUUUGACUAUCCGACUGUCCUAUGCAUCAACGGCAAGUGGCGCGUGAAUGUUCCUGAAGAGCUGAGACAGGCAUUGGGUGAGGACGCAGACUUUGGCUCGCUAUCGGACAUCUUCGACGUUCAAGGUCGGGAGAAGAAGGGUCACCAUGUUCGAUACGAAGCCUUUAUCAGAGAAUCUCUGGAGAAACUCAUUAAGCAAGGCCAUCGAUUCGGUUCCGUCAUUAUCGAGCCUGUUGUUCUUGGUGCUGGAGGCAUGGCAUUAGUCGAUCCUCUCUUCCAGCGCGCCCUCGUCAAUGUUGUCCGCAAAUCCCCAGAUCUGUUCCGCAAACCCGGCGCCGCUGUUGAAGAAACUCCCAGUGAUCCCAACGCAUGGACUGGCCUUCCUAUUAUCUUUGACGAGGUCUUCACCGGCCUCUACCGCCUCGGUCGCUUCACAUCUUCCUCUUUCCUCAACACAUAUGCCGACAUUUCCGUCCACGCGAAGCUUCUUACAGGAGGCCUUGUUCCACUGUGCACGACGCUUGCUUCGGAGAACAUCUUCCAGUCAUUUAGCUCUCAAGAUAAGACUGAUGCACUUCUCCACGGUCAUAGCUAUACAGCACACCCUGUGGGUUGCCAAGUCGCCUUAGAAUCCCUUAAUGAUUUGCAGAAGAUGGACCAAGACGGAUCAUGGAACUGGGCAAAGUCAAAAGGCUGGAAAUCCUCCGAAACUUCUCUCACGAGCGGCCAGUCUGCUGCCAACGUCUGGUCAACCUGGCCUCGCGAUCUGGUGGAGGAUCUUUCCCGCCAAACAGACCGCGUAUCGGGCAUCUGGGCUCUUGGCAGUGUUCUUGCAAUCCAUAUCAAGGACGCAUCGGGCAGCACGGGAUACUUCAGCAAUGCUGCACAGAGCCUUCGCGAUACCCUCAUUGCAGGGGAUUCGGAGGGCGCCAAUGGGUCAUGGAACGUGCACUGUAGAGUGCUUGGAAACGUGCUGUAUCUGAUGGCGGGGCAGAAGACGACAGAAGAGAGCAUUGCGCAGAUUAGUUUACAACUGCGAAAAGGAUUACAGGUUUAAAUUUAGAAAUUAGCAUGGAACAAAACAAUGACUGGUGACGAAAGACUCUGGCUAAUUGUCAAAGGGCUGUUACGGGCCAAUGAAUGAAACAAAAAAUAUUUUCAGAAAUAUUCAAUGACAUUUUUCAUUGCUUUG